GAAAUUGGGGUACCUUAAUUUUUUUCGGAAAGCAAUACUUUCCUUACUUAUGGUAAUAGGGCAAGGAAUGUAAAAUUGUAUGUGCUGAAAACAUUUGCUCAGCCUCAGCAGCUGUAGCAGUUGAUUUAGACAAGUAAAUGUUAUGAGAAAUGUCUAUUGAUUGUGCUUUAUGUGCUCUUCCAUACCUCAAGGGUCAAGUUGAUUGAUGUUGGUUUAUGUUUCAGAUACAACCUUGCCCACUGCUUAUGUCAGACUGGUCCGUUUGGAAGAACUGGAUAGUAAUGCAAGAAAAAAAUACCAGAACCAGAGCUCAGAUCAAGAAUUUGUAUCUCAAUCAGCUGGUAGUUGUGGUGAUUCCUCUGAAGAAGAAGGAAGAAACGAAAACUGUGAACCACAAGAUGGAAACAAUGAAAUACUGGUAGUAGAAACACAACCUAAUCAAAAUCGAGAUGUCAUAGAUCAGGGAGAUAAGAAUACAACACUCAAAACGACAGUUACAAAGCCCCAUCAGUGUUCAGUCUGUGCAAAACGUUUCUCUCAGAGUGGUCAUUUGAAUAAUCACAUGCGAACACACACCAAAGAGAUGCCUUACCAGUGUACAGUCUGUACAAAGUGCUUCUCUCAGUCUUGUAAUUUGAAAGUCCACUUGCUUACUCACACCAAAGAGAAACCUCACAAGUGUACAGUCUGUGAGAAAUGUUUCUCUGUUUCUAGUGCUUUGAAUGUCCACAUACGGAGUCACACCAAAGAGAUGCCUUACCAGUGUACAGUCUGUACGAAGAGCUUCUCUCAGUCUGGUCAUUUGAAUCAACACUUGCUUACUCACACCAAAGAGAAACCUCACAAGUGUACAGUCUGUGAGAAAUGUUUCUCUGUUUCUAGUAAUUUGAAUGUUCACAUGCGAACACACACCAAAGAGAAACCUUACCAGUGCACUGUCUGUACAAUAAGUUUCUCUCGGUCUGAUAAUUUGAAUGUCCACAUGCGUACUCACACCAAAGAGAAACCUCACAAGUGUACAGUCUGUAAGAAAUGUUUCUCUCAGAGUGGUCAUUUGAAUAACCACAUGCGAACACACACCAAAGAGAUGCCUUACCAGUGUUCAGUCUGUGCAAAACGAUUCUCUCAGAGUGGUAUUUUGAAUAACCACAUGCGAACACACACCAAAGAGAUGCCUUACCAGUGUUCAGUCUGUGCAAAACGUUUCUCUCAGAGUGGUCAUUUGAAUAACCACAUGCGAACACACACCAAAGAGAAACCUUACCAGUGUUCAGUCUGUGCAAAACGUUUCUCUCAGAGUGGUCAUUUGAAUAACCACAUGCGAACACACACCAAAGAGAUGCCUUACCAGUGUACAGUCUGUACGAAGAGCUUCUCUCAGUCUGGUCAUUUGAAUGACCACUUGCUUACUCACACCAAAGAGAAACCUCACAAGUGUACAGUCUGUAAUAAAUGUUUCUCUGUUUCUAAUGCUUUGAAUGUCCACAUACGGACUCACACCAAAGAGAUGCCUUACCAGUGUACAGUCUGUAAGAAAUCGUUCUCUGAUUCUAGAUCUUUGGGAAGGCAUAUGCACACUCACACCAAACGGAAACCUUAGCGUUGUACAGUCUGAACAAAGAGUCUCUCUCUUAUCAUUUGUAUGUCCACUUGCUUACUCACACCAAAGAGAAACCUAACCAGUCUACAGUCUGUAAGAAAUGUUUCUAUGUUUCUAGUAAUUUGAAUGUCCACAUGCGGACUCACA